AUGACUAGCACGGGCGAUAAAGCGCGCCUGGAGGUGUUGUAUGAGCACCUGGUGCUCCCAUCUCAGAUCCACUACACAGCCUCAGACGCAAACGACCAGGAUUUGAACUAUGGCCUUGUCCAGUUGCUUCUGAACUCAUUCCCCGUACUUCGGAAUGCCGGUGAUCAAACAGUCUGGAAUAGACUUCGGGGUUGUCUCAAAGCCACCUUAAUCCUCGAAACAACCAAGGGGGAUAUCGAUUCUCUAGCUGCUUCCUUUACUAGGCUCAGCCACGAAGACGACCCAAGUCGUGCUUGGAUUGCCCUUUUCAUCGCUGGUCAAAAUGCUGGCCUGCUUAUUCACAAACACCCCAGCGAGGUUAUUUUCGAGGCCUUCCAAGCUUCCUACCAAACAAUGAAUGAUCUUCAGGCAACACAUGCUCUCACCCAAGAUUUCCCAGAUCGGGCAGUAGCCAUACCGCUUGAGGUUUUCAGCUCGUUAUCCUUCCAUAAAAACCUCGCCGCCUUUUUAGAGCAAGCAACCAGGGACUCAUUUGAUCGGUUCGCGGCAUGGGCGCAGAAAUCUGGCUGGGCAAUUGUCGAGACGCGUGACUACCGUAGUCCAGCUUUAAUUAGUGGGAUGCUCAUGUCCCUGCUUGAGGGGCUUGGCCAUUCUAUUGAAUGCCCGAGAAUCCGAAAGAAGAUCCGCGAUGAAGUCAUUCUCGAUACACCUGAAGCUCCCUGGAGACGAACACCAUUUUGGCUUGUGCUCCGUGUCUUCAUCCGGCGCCACCUUGCUUCACUUCUUGGCAAAAGCCAAGAUGGUGCCGAAGGAAUUAGCAGAGUCUACUAUAAAUUUCUUAUCGCCGUUGCUCUUGCUAAACAUCUGGUGGCUUGUACUACUUCGAUUCAUCCCGAGAAAGUCAUAACUCUCCUGGCAAAGUUAUCUCGAAGACUUGCUAAGUUGGAGUCUGAAAGGGAAGCCGCCAUGGGGCCCCUACGCUUAACUUAUGAUGCUUUCUUCAAUGGAACCAAGAAUUACUUUGUCCAGGUAAUCACAGAAUACAAGGCCACACUCAAUGCGCCAUCCAUGCCGGAGGGCACCAUGACUGAGAUCAGAGAGAUUACAACUCAAUUCACAAGCCUACACGACUUUGAGCGAGGGUUAGGCUUAGAUAGUCACUUAAGCCCUCAAGCAAGAUGUACCUCCAUUUCUCAAGAAAUCACCGAUUAUAUUAGCCAUGCUAAGAUCCUAUAUAUUGGCGACUCGUUGUUGAUGAGCCGAUGUUUAUUACGUUUAUUUGAGCAGUGGGUUUCCAUGGAUAAAUUUGCAAUAGACGCCUACCCUGGCCUUAUUCAGUACCAUCCGAUCUUUAUCUCCAGCUCACUAGAUGUCCUCUGCUUACAAUCGCGGGCGGAAAUGGGCCAACUACAACAAGUCCAGCAGUAUCUUGAAAGUCGCGCCGCUCAGUGUGACAAAGGAAAGGGAAAUAUCUUCAGUAACCCUACAGAUUUAGAUUCUUUCGCAGCACAGUUUAUUAAGGCUACCAACACAGGUGCUGAGAUGGCUAAACUUGGUACUAUAAUCGACUUUGAGUCGAAGAUGUCCCGUGCUGCAACGAAAGCAAAGCUAGAGAAACUCAUGGGAGACUACGAUACGCUCACCGCAGACAUCAAUACGUCUAUCUGUACCUGCUCAUUCUUACCGGAUGGCACAAGGGACAUACGUGGCUGUACGCGGUGUUAUAAAUGGAGGCGUCGCAAUCAACUCAAGAUUUCUGUUCAUGAGGACUUUUUACCGAGCGGAAGAGAGAUGGCGGGACAACGUGCUGCAAUCCUUUUUGAACUUCGGCUUCCAGCAUUCCUUGCUAAGUACAGAGAGGCUACCUGGAACUUGAUUAUUCUUGGAACAGAUCUUUUAUCGUCAGAUAUUCAGUCUAAGGAGAAGCCAUCUCUGAAACUUAAUGAGAUGGACCAGUUAAAAUCAUUCCAACUAGCGGGUACUACAUCUACUUUGAUCCUUGCCUCGAUCAAGAAGUCAUUUCUCCAAACACAUUACCGAAUCAAGAGAAUUCCUGUAACCCCUGACCAAGUCAUCCUUCCUUUUGCACCCCAAUUCUCAUACUACGACACCGCAAAUAACCUUUGGAUCAGUCAACUGAAAUCUCUUGCGCCCAAUUUCGAACGCUUACUGGGGUCGUGGCUCCCACACGCACAUCUCAUCCCUGACCCCUACGAGCAGAGUACCCGACUGCUAAGUACACAGGCACCCACUAAUCCAUCAUCCAUGCGGCAUUCUGAAAAGCCUACCACGGACUCGGGUUACGAAUCCAAUACCCAUGGAAGAUCAUUAGAAUCCUCCAAUUGCCCCGAGAAGGGAUUGAAUGCGAUUCCCGAAGCAGACGAUUCGGCUUCCCUCAACUCGUCAAUCGACAAAUCCGGCUCUAGAGACAGAAUUAGACAACCUGUGAAGAUGGGGCUUUACUCCUCGAAAACAAAUUAUUCUGGUUCUGAGGUUUCAGGAAUUCUGUCCGCGGAGAGGCAGAGCUACAUAGUAGACUUAGCCAGUGAGAUGUUCCGAAUCGUCGAGUCCUAUGAUCAAGAAAGCUUGAAGAGAAUUUCGAACGUUCUUCCUGACUUGUUGAGGGCUUUUUCAACUCAAAUUGCAUACAAGGCUGAAAGUCAAGCAUAUAUUGACAUUUCAUAUUUUGUUCAGAAGAAUCGCUAUCGCAUACAAGGAUUUUUUGACGAUCUCCUUCCGCUGAAAGAAGACGAAUCACCAAAUGAGCACGUCGACAAGGCGGCAAUAUUCGAGCGAUUCUUCGAGGGAGGCGAUGAGGAUAUCACCGCGAUAACUGUUGAUGGACCCUUGGACUACCCCCCGACUACUCAACAUGAUAACGAUCACGAAGAUUUUCCAGAACACGAAGCGACAAGCGAUCCAGGAAUGUACUAUAGAUUCAUCCAGGGGUCUCUAGCCUUUGAAUGGCUUGUCUCUAUGUUGAAACGCGAGGCCACGUUGACCCGCGCCACACCUGAUGUUAUGGAGGAAAUUAAGAAUGUUGUAUUGGGUACAUUUCCAGCAGAACACCGGGUCACGCGAAGGGCUUCUUCGAAAGAAUAUUCAAUCACUUUCGAACUGUUCUGGGAUCUCCAAUACCUUACACCUCCUGAGGGGACCGAAAAUCCUGGAACAGUCUUGAAAAGAUUCGUUACUAUCACCGGUAGUGAGAAUGAGUCGCAGGUUGCGACCCUAGAGGAAUAUCUUUCUCAAGCAUGGCCAACAUCGUCAAAAUAUGUGUUUUCACUGCUGCACGAUAUUCUCAAGGGCAAUCAGUCUGCAGACAUCAUCACUACCUUACCCGACCGUACUACGAUAAAAGCUGUAAUUGGGGAGGGGAGGCUCAUGUUGACCACAGUCGGUACUGGAGAUUCUGUCGUAGAGGUUGGCCAGCAGUUUGCUUGGCUGGGAGCCGCACUCAAGCAUUCUUCAUUUGAAACGGGGAUUUCACAUUGCACCCCGGAGAUUCGCUUGAUUGAUUCCUCUACCAUCGAAAAUGGACCCUUUCAAGCGAACGUCGUAAUCAGUUUCAAAAUCGAGGAGCCUCAAGUUCAUAUGGAGGGCCAGAAUGAUCCAUGUUGGUUCAACCUUUUCAGAAACCCAGUCAUAGUCAGAGGGUUUCCGACGCUGAGCCACGACGAAAAUAAGACACGCCACCGGCAGCAACACCUUUCAGACAGUCGGAUAAUCGGUAAUCUUGCCGAUAUAUACCGUCGGUUAAACAGAUAUGAGGAGGCGGAGCUUCUGCAUCGACAAGCAUUGGCGUUGUGGACGAAGUCACUUGGUGAGAGUCACUCAAUUACGCUCGCCACAAGAUCGAACCUCGCAAUGAUACUUGAGCGUCAAACUAAAUAUAAGGAGGCCAAGCAGAUUCUUCGAAGCCUUGUGAGGCGCAUGAAAAGCCAGCCAGAGAAAACUCAACAUCUCAGACUCGCCAGCCUGAGCAACUUGGCUCUGGUUUACCAAACACAAGGCGAUCAUGAUCUAGCAGCAGGACUGUAUCAUGAAUUCUUUCGGCUGUUGGAAAAGGAAAUGGGCGAGAGCGCUUCUUACACUCUCUAUGUUCUGAACAGACUUGGUGAGAUGCUAUUGCAGCGCAGGAAGUAUGAAAGGGCUGAGGAGUGUUUUCAGGAAGCUUUUCAGCGCCAGGAACAGCUAUUCCCUCAGUACCAUCCGGGAACCAUAGUUUGCUUGCGAAAUUUGGCUCUUGCACUCAAUCAUCAGGGCAAGGGAAGAUUUGCCAACAAUAAGAUCCAGGAAAGAGUGCAACAAAUGACUCGCCACUCCAAGAUUAACAAGCACACCAACGGGCCCAUUGGUAUUUUCCAUUCCUGGACCAUCUCCGAUUCGGCUGUUCGAAUGAGGUUCACUCAAGUUAUACCGAAAGAAUUUAUGUCUCCGGGCAUUCUCGAUGAUGAUGACCUGUCAGAUAAAUACAUUGAGACUGAGAUAAAUUCCUGCAAGGAGGAAAGAUCCGACCAUCCAGACAGUAACAGAUUGCGUAUUAUGACGACAAACGGUAUGCACCUUCAUGUGGAGCGCUACUUACUCAAUACUGACCUAUUCCGAAGCGUUCCCACGUACUCUACCGGAGGUCAUUGA